AUGGCACCCCUCGCGCGCGCCGUCUCAAACCACCACCUCCAGCACCAACACCACCACACAAACGGCACCCCGAUUCCCACGAACGGCGCUCCUCCAGACCCAAACGCAGACGACACCACCUCCGGCCACCCACCGCCCUACAACCCGGACCUCGUCUCCUCCUCCCUCCUCGAACCCCGCAUCGCCGUCGUUCUCAAUGUCCCCAAGCUAUGGCGACCAUGGCUCUUCGCCUGCCGCCUUCUCUCUAUCGGCCCGGCCAUCUUCUGGGCCCUGCAGCCCGCUCUGACCCUCCUCGUUCAGAUCAUUCCCGUCGCCGUACCGGGGGGAAAGAAAGCUGUUGAUGCUGCUGCUGCGGCGGCCUCUGGAGUCGGGGUUGGCGGUGUCGUCAGCGGCGGGUUCGCGGGUAGCACGUGUCCCCCGCCCAAUUGGCCCCCCGGACACUCCGAGAUACCCUUCCCAUGGACUGAAAUGUCCUUGGGACUCAUGUGGUGCGGAGCUUCAGCGUACCUCUCCUUCUUCUUCAUAGACUGCCUGAUGUCACGAUGGCUCAUCAACUACACCCCACAAGCGACAAUCAUCCGCCUCCUUACAAUCAACUCCACCAACGCCUUCCUCACCGAACGAAUCCUCACAUUUUCAGGCGGCUUCGAGGACCCAAGACUUCUUCUCCCCGGUUGGGUCACCAUAGCUACGACCCUUACGAUAGCAUACCACAUCACCCAACGAAGCAUAAACAUCCAAAAGGAAACCUCCACCUCGAUCAACAUCUUCUCCAUCGCCAGCUUCAUCAGCAUGAUCUCCCUCCUCGCCCACCUCCACUACAACGGCUCAGACUAUCCCGAAAAACCGUUCGAGUCCCUCGCCAGGUUCAUUCUGCAGCAGUUUGAGCGUGUGACCGGCGAGGCCAUCUUGCCUUCCUAUUCACCUUCGCAUAGCGAACUAUAG